CCUACGUCACUCUAACGCGACUUCGUUUCAGAGCGGCUGAAUCGUAAAUGUGGAGUCUGAACGAGUGUCUCAAAGUCAGAUCUGUGCUCACAGACAGACUUUCAGCAUCAUUUAAACCUUAAAUUUAAUCUCUUGUAGUCAGGUUUUAAAGUCAGGUUCAGGUAUUCAGAGACCAUCGUCCUCACACAGUUACAACAAUCCACGUGUUGUUCAGGAACACGGAAAUGGCUGCUGGAUCUGAGUCGCUCUGCUCGACUUUGCUGUUUGUCGGCCUCUUUGUGUUUGUGUCUGCAGACCAGGAAACCAUCACAGCUGAGUCUGGACAGAACGUCACUCUGACAUGUCGAGCUCCAAAUCACAGCAUCGACAUUGUAGAGUGGAGCAGAGCUGACCUGAAGUCACAGCAUGUCUUUGUAUGCUGGGAUGGUCAGGUUCUUCCAGAAGAGCAGCAUCCAUCCUUUAAGAACCGAGUGGAUCUGCAGGACAGACAGAUGAAGGAUGGAGACGUGUCUGUGAGUCUGAAGAAUGUGACGUUUAGUGACACUGGGACAUACGAGUGUCGUGUCCAGAGAGAGGAUGACAGUGUGGAGCUCAUCAUCACCAUCACCCUGAGUGUUGCUCCUCCUCCAGGUCCAACAGGAGGAACCACAGAGGAUGGAGGAUCUGUUGGACUGAUCAUUGGUCUGUCAGUUGCUGCUGUGCUUCUUGUUGCUGCUGUUGGUUUUGUGAUCUACAGGAAACAUGAAGGACAGCAGAGUCAGGGUUCAUAUCAUCCUCCUGCUGAACAGCACAGUGUCUGAAAUGCUUCUACAGCUGAAAAUGAAACAUUUUGAAAAAUGUCUCAUCAGUCUUGUUACGUCCUCCAAUAACGCUCUAUGGUUGCAAUGUUGAAUUUGAUUAUUUUUUAAUGAGCGCCUUUUUUAGAGGGUUAAAAAGAUCUUGUUUUAGUCACUCAUUUCUUCCAGGACAGCAUUGUUGAUGUGGCAGAUGUGCUUCUUGACACAACCACCAAAACAGCUCAAACCAGAGACGCUGUGCCUGACAGUCAGGGUGAAAUAUGACCGAAUAUCUUUCCCUUCUUUACUUCUUUUGCAGGAUAUCAUUAAGGUCCAGUUUAGCCUCCAUUUUAGUGAAUUUGUUUGAGAUUCCCUUUUCAAAGCCACUUUAAUGUUGGAAGUAAAUGUUUGAAGGUUUUUAAAGAAGCUGUCACUCAACACCAGAGGUGGCAAAAGUACUGACAUUCUGUACUUAAGUAGAAGUACAAGUACUUGUGUUAAAAAAUACUUUGGUAAAAGUCGAAGUACUGGUUCAACUUCUUUACUUAAGUCAAAGUAAAAAA